AUGAUGGCACGAAAGCAGAGGGGUCAGCAGGCCGUGGAUGCCAGUACGUCGCCCGAUGCCGUGAAGAGGAGCCAUUGGUGCAACGUGGCCUAUUGGGAGCACCGGACGCGUGUCGGUCGCCUCUACACAGUGUACGAACAGUCUGUCAGUAUAUUUUAUGACCUACCUCAAGGAAAUGGCUUCUGCCUCGGACAGCUAAACCUGGAAAACAGGAGCGAGACUGUGAGAAGGACUCGAAGUAAAAUCGGUUACGGGAUUUUACUGAGCAAAGAACCGGACGGUGUGUGGGCUUAUAACCGCAGCGACCAUCCCAUCUUCGUCAACUCCCCGACACUGGACAUCCCCAACUGUAGGACUUUGAUAGUGCGCAAGGUGAUGCCGGGUUAUUCCAUCAAGGUGUUUGACUACGAGAAGUCCUGCCUCUUGCAGCACACGGCCGAUCUGGAUUACGCCGACGGGCCCUACGACCCGAACAGCGUGCGGAUUAGUUUCGCCAAAGGCUGGGGACCGUGUUAUUCCAGACAGUUUAUCACGUCGUGUCCUUGUUGGUUGGAGAUUUUACUCAGUAACAAUCGAUAA